AUGGAAUUUUUGUUUAGUAUUAUUAUUUUAUUUAUAUUUAUUCCAUCGUAUUUAUGUCAAAGUAAUAUAACUUAUGUUUUUUCAAAUACAGCGGCAAGUGAUAUAAAUUUAUUACUAAGUUCGAAAGGUUCAAUAUUAACAAAUACUACAUAUGUAAAACGUUUAUCAUCAUCAACUGUUGAUUUAAUUCAAUCAACAAAAACACUUUUAAAUGCUUCUAAUAUUCAAUCAAUUGUAUUUGAAUGGAAUACUGGUGAUUGUUCAUAUCCAUCAGCGAUAGCCAUGAAUUAUUUAACAAAAUAUAUAAGUGUUCCAGUAUGUUUUACUCAAGUAAAUCCAUCGAACAAUAUUUUAAAAUUGACAGUUACAAGUGAAGAAUUAGGACAAGCAGCUUCAUCCUUUAUGAGUUAUUAUUCUUUACAUUAUUUUUCGAUGAUAUUAAGUGAUUCAAAUGAAUUUUAUUCGAAUUUAGCACAACAAUUUUCGAAUUAUUUAACUAGAAAGUCUUAUAUUUUUGAACGAUUAAUACCUCUAUCAAAUUUUUCAUCAUCAUCAUCAUUAAUUUAUUCACAAAAAAGUAGAGUCUUUUUUAUAAUAUGUUCAUAUGACGAAGAAAUUUCUCUUUAUUCAACUAUUUCAUUGUCUUAUCAAUCAACAACGAAAAGUGUUGUUUUUAUAUUUAUUCGUUGGUCACAUCAUUUUGUUAGUUUUUAUACAACACAAUUUUCACCCAAUGUAACAUCAUAUCAAACAUCAUCAUUUCCUAUUCUUCAUCUAUUACCAAUGGAUAUUAGUGUGACAAAUGAUUUUAAUGAUAUAGUUUCAAUGUAUGAGCAAGAAAUAUUUAAUCCUACAUUAAAUCAAACAUUGUCUGAUGAUAUUAUUUUUAUUUUGAGUGAACUUGAAAAUGUUGAUUUAUUACGGCAAAUACCAAUGGUAGAUUUUCCAUUAACAAAUCAAUCAACUAUAUUUGGUCAAAUUACAUUUGAUAAUAAUCAACAACGUUCAUUUAUUUAUGCAUUAGUUGGUCGACAAUGUAAUGGUAGUUGGAUUAUUUUAAAAACUAUCACUUCAAUAUUAACAAAUGUUAAUACUAAUUUAAAUGUAUGUAUUAAUUUUCCAUUGGAUGAUACAACAAUAAUUACAGCAGAAGAUAGUGGUUGGCGUAUUCUUCGUAUUGCACUUUUUACAUUAUUGGGUGUAGUUCUUAUAUGUACUGCUGGGCUUAUUGCUUUCUUUGUUAUUCGAAAUCAACGUAAUCGUAAACAAUUAUCGAAAGGUCCAAAUAAAAUUAUAUUACUACCUGAUGAUAUAAUGUUUGUUAUGCCCAAAGGUUCAAUAUUUACAAGCAAAGUUAAUUUAAAAAAUGAAGCACAUGAACGUAGUAAUGCAUCUAUACGUAGUGAAGAAAUUCAAGCAGGAAAAACAGCUCGUUAUAAUGGUGAUUUAGUUGAAGUCAAAAAAUUACACAUUGGUCCAUUAUCACUUCGUACAAAAGUUAUGCGUGAGUUACGACAAUUAAAAGAUUUACGUCAUGAAAAUGUUAAUACGUUUAUUGGACUUUUUAUUGAUCAAAAUGCACCAGCAUUAAUAUAUGAAUAUGGUCAUCGUGGUAGUCUUGAAGAUAUUCUCAAGAAAGAAGAAAUUAAACUUGAUUGGAAUUUUAAAUGGUCAAUGCUUAAUGAUCUUGUUCGAGGUAUGAGAUAUUUGUCAAAUUCACCUAUACGUUGUCAUGGAAAUUUAAAAUCAAGAAAUUGUAUUGUUGAUUCACGUUGGGUAUUAAAAGUCACAGAUUAUCAUUUAAAUGAAAUGUAUUCUUUACAAAAUGCUCCAAGACAAGUUGAUAUAACUGAUCUUUUAUGGAUGUCCCCUGAACAUAUUCGUACAUCAAUAAUUAAAAAUGAUGUUGCUACAGUAAUGACAAGUUCAGCAGCUGGUGAUGUUUAUAGUUUUGGUAUUAUUAUGCAAGAAGUUAUUCUUCGUGGACCACCAUUUUGUAUGCUUGAUCUUACACCACAAGGUUUCUUUUUUUUUAUUAAUAAAAAUGAUUACUAUAUUUUAUCUUCUGUUAAUAUAGAAAUCAUUGCUAAAAUAAAAAAACCACCACCAUUAUUAAGACCAUCUGUAUCGAAACAAGUAGCACCACCAGAAUAUAUUAAUUCAAUGAAACAAUGUUGGGCUGAACAAGCUGAAACCCGACCAUCAUUUAAUGAUCUUGCUCAAUCAAUUAAAUUACUUAAUGGUGGAAAGUAA